GAUGGGGUCGGCGGGGUGACGGGGCCUGGGGGGUGAUGGGGUCGGCGGGGUGACGGGAGCGGUGAGCCUGGUGAGCCCGGUCGGAGCGGUGAGCCUGGUGAGCCCGGUCAGAGCGGUGAGCCUGGUGAGCCCGGUCAGAGCGGUGAGCCCGGGCGGAGCGGUGAGCCUGGUGAGCCCGGUGAGCCCGGUCAGAGCGGUGAGCCCGGUCAGAGCGGUGAGCCCGGUCAGAGCGGUGAGCCCGGUGAGCCCGGUCGGAGCGGUGAGCCUGGUGAGCCCGGUCAGAGCGGUGAGCCCGGUGAGCCCGGUGAGCCCGGUCAGAGCGGUGAGCCCGGUCAGAGCGGUGAGCCCGGUGAGCCCGGUCAGAGCGGUGAGCCCGGUCAGAGCGGUGAGCCUGGUGAGCCCGGUCGGAGCGGUGAGCCUGGUGAGCCCGGUCGGAGCGGUGAGCCCGGUCGGAGCGGUGAGCCUGGUGAGCCCGGUCGGAGCGGUGAGCCUGGUGAGCCCGGUCGGAGCGGUGAGCCUGGUGAGCCCGGUCAGAGCGGUGAGCCCGGUCAGAGCGGUGAGCCCGGUCAGAGCGGUGAGCCUGGUGAGCCCGGUCAGAGCGUUGGACACUACUGA